AUGAUGUCUCUGAAAGUUGUUCUACCUCCUCCAAAAUCAUCCACAACAACGUUUUAUGACCAUUCAGACGAUCCAUGGUUCAAAAACCUUUUGGACACGGAAACAUCAUCAUCAUCUUGUGUCACUCAAGUAAAACAAGUACCUGCUUACUUGAAUCGACAAGGGUUUUGUGCAAUAGAGUUUUUGGAGAUGGUGGUGCUUACCCUGAGAUUCAUGUUUGUUAGUAACCCUCUAGGGUCUUGGCUUAGGUAA